AUGUUUGCGAGACUGGCAAGUCCUGUUGUGUGCGGGUGGGCAGUGCUUCUUGAUGGUCGUGGCGGGUGCGGUGAUGCGCUAGCGCAGAUGACGUGUUUGGGCUGCUUCGCUGUCACCGUGCUUUCAGUGGCGGACGUGGUGUUGUACGAAGGGUGUUGUUCAGGGCACCUUCGUGUGCACUGCAACCGCCGUGAGCUGUGUGCUGCUGCUGUGUCCGCAAGUGCUUACACGGCGACAAUGAUGAUGCUGUAUGUGCGUGGUCGUGGUGGUGGUGGUGUUGAGGGCAAUGCAGCGUUGCUGUGUAGCAGUUGGGGGCCGGCGUUGUGGGGUUGUCGUCAUGUAGCGGUGGAGGAGGAGGAGGCCGAGAAGGCGGCCUUUCCUUUGGCGUUGCUCGGCGCAAUCUGA